GCUCCUCCCCCUUGCGUCGUAACUCCUCCCCCUUUCGGAAAAGGUCCCUUAGCCCACUUGAUUCUAGCAUCUACCCUAGCUUCAACAGUACAACACAGCACACAGAGAGCUGGUCCGCUGGCACGUGUCUAGGAGAGAGAGGGAGAAGAUGGACCAUCUAAUAUACCAAAAAAUUCCUCAAGAAGAGUCCAAGGGGCUUGGACUGGAGAUGCAAAGCUCAAAGAAAGCGGAGGCGUUUGUGAAUGCCUUUCUGAAGCGCAGUAUGCCGAACCUGAAGAAGAAGACUAUACAGGAGUCUCUGGAGCGGAAGGCUGUGGUGCUGGAGCACGUUCACAAGAAGAAGAAGAGGGUGAAACAGAAGAAGUCAAAGGCUUUAACUGCCAAGGAGAGGAGGGAGAUGAGACUGUUUGAGAUUAAAGCAGACCAGCAGAGGUAUGACAUGUACCUUCCUCUCCAUCAGCUCUGGAAGCAGUAUAUCCGGGACCUGUGCAAUGGGUUAAGACCAGAUGCGCAGCCGCAGAUGGUCCAGAGCAAGAUGCUGAAAGCGGACUUACACGGUGCGCUGGUGAUGGUAUCAAAAUCAAAGUGUCCAUCAUACGUGGGACUGAAGGGAAUCAUCCUACAGGAGACGAAGCAUGUCUUUAAAAUCAUCACCAAAGAAGACAAAUUGAAAGUUGUUCCCAAGCUGAACUGCGUCUUCUGCACGGAAAUUGAUGGAUUUAUCACGUACAUCUACGGAAGCAGGCUUCAGAUGAGAGCCAGUGAGCGCUCUGCCAAGAAAUUUAAAGCGAGAGGAAGCCUAGACCUGUAGCCGUGUUAUAAAGCAGAGAUCAAACGCUGAUCUGUUACAGUCUUCUUCUUUUUUUCCCCUUUCCUGGAGAUACGUGGAAACAUUGGAUGAAAAUCACUAAGUCGUGUGAGGGUAAUAUCGUAUUUUGCGCCUUCUGGAGGAGUUUCAAGGGCUGCUGGAACUGAGUAAUGAUGAAACUCUUGUACAACUAAUAAACUCCCACGGAAGUAAAACAUUUUUAUUUCCUGUAGAUGACACAUAAUAUCCUGUGCCAUUAAACUGCUGCCAUACUUUA